CUCCCGGGCGCGCCGUCGCCAUGGUAACCGCGGAAGCUGGGCCGAGGGAGCGGUAUUUUUGGAAUUAAUGGAGCCAGAAGCACAGCUAGACUCAGACAGUUCAGAAAAAUCAUUAUUUUUCUCACAGGAGGAAGAAAAAGAAGAAUCUCAAGAACCAGCAGAAACAGGCAUUGAGAACCCCCUUAUAAAACCUGCUCUCACAGGGGAUGUAGAAGGUUUGCAGAAGAUUUUUGAGGAUCCUGAAAAUCCUCAUCACAAUGAUGCCAUGCAGCUACUCUUGGAAGAGGACAUUGUUGGGAGAAAUUUGUUGUAUGCAGCUUGCAUGGCCGGGCAGAGUGAUGUAAUUAGAGCUUUGGCAAAAUAUGGUGUGAAUCUGAAUGAAAAAACUGCCAGAGGGUACACGCUCUUACACUGUGCCGCAGCCUGGGGUCGUUUGGAAACUUUGAAAGCACUAGUUGAGCUGGAUGUUGAUAUAGAGGCUUUGAACUUCCGGGAGGAGAAAGCUCGAGAUGUUGCUGCUCGGUAUUCGCAGACUGAGUGCGUUGAAUUUCUCGAUUGGGCAGAUGCCAGAUUGGCUCUGAGAAAGUAUAUUACAAAAGUUUCCCUAACCAUAACUGACUCAGAAAAGGGACCAGGGAAGCUCCUUAAGGAAGACAAGAACACUGUCCUCAAUGCAUGCCGGGUAAAAAAUGAGUGGUUGGAAACCCAUCCAGAAGCUUCCAUUAAUGAGCUUUUUGAGCAGAGGCAAAACUUAGAAGAUAUUGUGACUCCUAUCUUCACAAAAAUGGCUACAUCCCGUCAAGCGAAAAUGCCAAAUCCAUUAUAAACUAAGCCAUAGCCAGAAGAGAAGUCAAGAUUAUACCUUCUGCUGGACACAUAUUUUGUAAAAGGCCAUAAUUUCUUCCAAUAUCAGCAAAGGCAAACCUAUUCAUGCCAAUCGAAGUCAAGAAAAUUGAUACAAAAUUUUAUAAAAAUGUUUAAGAUUCAGUCACUGUUGCUUGGUUUUACCCUGUUCAGAGUACUUCUGCCCAGAUUCCGGUCUUGUGUCUGCUCCUCCCUGCGCAGGCCCAUGUGAGUUUCAUGUACUCCAUCAGGAAAGCACUUGGGUAGAAAUCGCUCACAGAGACCACAGGGAGUCUUUAAAAACCACUUAGAGAGUGCCAUGACUUUUUGUGUAAUUGAGACAAACAUUUCCAUUCAAAUGGAGAAUUCCAUUUAAAAAGACACAUUUGGUUAUUUCCAGAGGAAGACAAUUUUGUUCUUGCUCUCUCCAAAAGAAAUCUUAUCAAUGAAAUUCUGUAUGAUAUUUUAUUUUUUAUUUAUGAAUGAAAUUCUGGAGCAAGGAUAUACUAAGAAUUGUCUGGAUCAGGGUCCUCUGGUUAUAAUUAUUAUUUUUUAUGUUCCAAUUAAAAUUCACCUAUAAAUUGGAUAUAGUUUCUGAGUAAAACCCAUAUUUAUCUUUAACCUCUUUCUAUCUUUAAGUUAAUAAACACCAACCUAUGUAGCUUUGUAUUUAGAAGUUUUCUCCUGUUCUCUAGGUAUAUCAAUAUGGUUGUUGUCAUGACUCCACAACAUUUUUCCUCCUGUUUUGUUUUCUUUUUCCUAGGGUUUUAAACAUCUCACUUGGGUUCCUAUUGGUGGUUUGGAAAGUCCUUUUCUGUAGUUUAUUUAAUCAAGCCCCUGAACCUUCUAUUAUUUUGGCAUUUUCUGGGCAAGUUUUAUAGGAAAGAAAAUGUUUAAAGGAUAUUCUUUGUUCUUAUGAAUUUCUCUUCUUUGCCUUGCUCUGCAAGCUAGUUUUUCAUUUUAAGGAAGAGGGAAAAUAAAUGACCAAUUCAGUGAUACUUUGUCACUUGACAUUGUCUCAAUCGUGGUUUUGAGAUAACCAUUUAAAGUAUCUCCCAAAGUCUUAAGUUUUGAGAUUUAAAAAAGAAUGUACAAGCAAUUUGGUUUCAGCUUCCUUGAGCAGAAGAAUAGGCAAUAACUUACCCCUCUCUUUGGUAGGCCUUCUCCAAAAGCUGGUGUUUUUGGAGAAAUAUAAGGAAGGGUAUCUGUGCUCCAUUUUCUUAAUACAGGACAUUUCUAGAGGUCCAAUGUCCUUCAACACUGCAAUAAUUUAGGAAGAGGCCAGGUGCCAUUGUUGUUAUUUCUACUCUUAAUUUUGUAUUUUCUGAUCCUGAUCUUGAAUAACAUUAAUUCCCAGGUGAGUAUUCAUUGUAAGCACAAAAGGAACCCUGGAUUUUGCUUCUAAGAUUCUCAAAUAAGAUGGUGGCAUUUCUGGAGACCCCUUAUAAUAAGCCUCUCUCUCUUUUUAUACUUAUUUCUCAAUAUUUAUCCUCAAAAUUUUUGUAGCUCUUGAUAUACUUGCUAAUGCUAUAUUUGUAAAUGUCCUUAUAAUGGCACCUUUAUGCCAAUCAUGACACCUCUACCUUCCUCACAAUUUGCUUAUCUAAUUCCGUCAUCAGCUUCUGUUCCUCAACUUGCCCCCAGCUAUGAGAACCUCUCAAAAUUCAACCCUGACCCUUGGUGAAGCAGUUUGUAAUUCUCCACUUCCUUAUCCCCACUAUUACAAAGAACUAAUCCUUUCUUCUUUGAGCACCCUUAGUGCUAAUAGCUGGUUAAUUGUUUGUAUUUGUCUCUGCAUGUGAAUUCUGAACUUUUUGAGGAUACGAACUUUGUUAUAUCUAAAGAGUCUGAAAGAUAGUAGAUUCGUAAAUAAUAGUUAAAUGAAUUCACUUUUCUACUUUUCUUCCUAGAACUCACUACCUUUUCAUCCAUUCAUAGAGCUUGCUCACCUUUAUAAAAAUAACUUUAUCUCCAUAUCUUACUUAUGCUAGUGCCCCAUCUCAAUCCCUAUUCCUCCAACGGGCAAGCCACACGCAUCCCACACUAUGGCUCUGUGUCUAUUUUCUCUUCUGAUUGUCUCUUUCCUAAGCCUUCAUCUUGAAUGUCAUAUCAUUUGUCAACCCCAUGAACCUAGUGAUUUACCCAAGGAUUCCUGGGUCUUAUUUCAAAGAUUCUGCUGAUGCGAGGAUCUGACAUUUACUUACAUCUAUAGAUCUAUAACUUUUUGAGAGAUACAGUAUUUGUUGUUACUUAUUGUUGCACAUUAUAGAUUCGUAGGAUGGUUAAAAUGCCCUUAUGCACUGCAUGGCUUUUUGUGAACUUCCACAGAAUAAUUACUAUUCAGAGUAUGUACUAGUAAUUAAAAAAUGCCUCCACAGUAGUUGAAAGGUAGUCAGUCAAAGACUAAAUUCAGUGCUAUGAUAAUUUCUAGACAGCAGUUAUUUAGAGUUUUGGAUUUCAUUGAUCAGAAAAAUAUAGAAAAAUAAAGGGAGGAUACUGAUAUAACCUCUUAAGAAAACAACUACUACCUAUUAUCAUUUAAUAAAAGACAUUUUAACACCAAAACCAUGGGGAAGAUAUGAUCUCAGGGUAAAACCUUACCCUUUACAUGGAAAAAAAAAACAAGCUUUAUUAUAGAGCUUUAUGUUUGAUUUUCCUCAUGUUGCCAAAUAUGAUGGAACUUCUCCCAUGAAUCCGAACAGAACUGACCUUAGAAAACUACCACACUAGACUAAGCAAAGCAGGCAGAUUGCUGUUUAGGUGAGCAUAAUGCCCCAACUUGUGAGAGACUGACAGUUACUCCAGUGUUCAUUCUAAUAUGACAGUUACUCCAGUGUUCAUUCUAAUAUGGUAGAUUAUAUCUUUCAAGAUGGCCCCAUCUCCCAUCUCAGAUGUGCUUUUUACAAUAUGAUUACAACAUUCCUUACAUGAGGAGGAAUGAGAAAUGGGUCUCCGUUCUCACCUCUUGAAUUUGUGCAGGCCUGUGCUGUAGGGAAAGUGGUUCUAUGUGAUAUUCCAAGGCUAAGAGCAUAAAAGGUGAUGUGGUUUCUGCCCAGCUCUCUUAAGAUGUGUGCUCUUAGAAACCACAUGGAGAGGUGGAGAGACCCACAUGGAAGGGACCGGAAGCCACAGCCUCAGCUGAGCUCCAGCCAGCUGUCAUCCUCAGUGUGCCAGGCCUAUGGCUGAGUCAUCUCGGAAGUGGGUCUCCAGUCAAGCCACUCAGCUAAUGUUGUAUGGAGUAGACACAGACUUUCCCUGCUGAGCACUGCCAGAACUGCAGACUUGUGAGCCAAAUAAAUGAUUGUUUUUGUUUUAAGCUA